AUGAAACUACCAGCCAUCUUUAUAGCUUCCACACCUGUGUGUAUUCCUCAUGACACACCUCCUGUCCGGCAGAGUCGCUGCCUGGUGGUCACUCCCAUGACAUUCCCCGUCAUCUCAGAUUCUGCCCAGGUGUGGCCAAGCAAUCAGAGUAUUCCAAGACUGAAUCCUUUACAUCCACCUUUGGUCCAUAAACGCACCGUCAGUCUGGAGACACCAGCUGUUCAACACCACAACCACCAGAGGACAAUCAUCAUGCAGAGAAGAGAACAUUACAGGUAUCAUCAAGUAUGGCAAAAACCCUUUUAUGGAAGCAGCAGUGAAAGAGAAGAAUACAGGAAGGAGCUGCGAGAGCAGUUAAAGAGGCAGAUAGAGGAGAAAUGUGUAGCACUGAAGUUGCAGCUGGCAAUAAAAGUGAAGGAAGCAGAGUAUAUACGUGAAGUGGACCGCCUUGCCCUGUCCAGUGAAAGAGAGCAAAGGAUCCAGCACAGGAAAGCAAUGACAGCAUACAGAGAUGAGAACAAGAGGCUAAUGGAGCAGAGCUGGAGGGACAGAGCACUAACACACUCCCAGGAGGUCCUGAAGGAGAGAGAGCUGCUGCGCCUCAACCCAAUUAACUGGAGUGGGACACUGAAAUAGGUUGAACCUCAACAUCCGGAGUCAAAACUUCAGGCCUUGCUGUGGCACUUGGGCAUGCAUGAGUGUUAGGUGAAUAUGAGACACGCAUACUGUGUAUAUAGCACAUGUAAUUAGUGCUGUGAUAGCCACUGACGGAACUGAAGAGGGAUAUUUCUACGGUUAUAUAAUCUGAAUAUGUCAGAAUGCAGAUGUAUUUCCAAUCCUACUUAAUAAAGGUUAUCUUACAGUACAGUAAA